AACACCGUAUUUUUUAUCUUAGGAUGUCAUAGUGUAAACAAUCACGAGUACAGGACAAACUUGUGUAAAAGUUUUGGUUUUAUACUGUUAGGUAGGGAAAAUGUAUUAUAUUAGAGGAUUACCUAUUCUCCUGAUUCUGAUAAAUCAAUAUCAAUCAGCAGAAGUUCCAAGCGUUGCUACGAAACUAGGAAUGAUAACUGGAGAAACGAAAAGUGUAACAUUUCAAAGAAAUGCGUAUCAAGUUGAUAGAUACCUCGGAAUUCCAUACGCUAAACCGCCGACUGGAGAUUUAAGAUUUCAGCCUCCCCAGCCAUUCGGUCCAUUUUCCGAGACAUAUAAUGCUGCUGAUUUUGGAGCCUCGUGUCCACAGCAAAGCUAUCCUUUUAUGCCGGUGGAGAAAAAGACUGACGAAGAUUGUUUAUUCCUGAAUAUUUAUGUUCCACGCCAGAAACCCGAUGAACCUUCUGGUCACGCGGUAAUGUUCUUUAUACAUGGCGGUGGAUUUUCAACAGGUUCUAGUAAUCAUUUUGAUGGGGCAGUAUUGUCGUGUGAGGGAAAUGUUAUUGUAGUGACAAUAAAUUAUAGACUAGGGCUUCUCGGAUUCCUCGACAUAGACAAUGAAAAGGCAUCAGGAAAUUUCGGAUUACUUGAUCAACACUUUGCGCUUCAAUGGGUUAAUGAAAAUAUCGGUGCAUUUGGAGGUGACAAAGACAGGGUAACAAUAUUUGGGCAGGCAGCUGGUUCAAUGAGUGUUGCCUUGCAUAUGUUGUUUCCGUCCAAUAAAGGACUGUUUAGAAAUGGUAUAACACAGAGUGGCUCAUUAGACCUUCCAGGUAUAUACCUCGAAAAUAAUAUUGAUAUGGCUAAAUCUUUUGCGAAAAAAAUGAGCUGUAGUAUUGAAACAGUUGAUGAAGUGUUUAAUUGCCUCAAGGAAGCAUCACAUGAAAAUAUAAUCCAGGUUAUUCUAGAUGAAAUGCAAUCUGGGGUUAUGUCGUCUACUGCCCUUGCCGAUGUCGCUUUAACAAUUGAUGGCAAAUUCAUCAGAAACAACCCUGCUAAUAUGAUUAAGAAAGCGGACACAGACAGCUGUGAGGAAAUUGACUUCUUCCGAUCAAUUAAACUGAUAAACGGCGUGAAUGGUAAUGAAGGGGGAUUUUUGUUUUUAACAGGGUUGGGAAAUUCUGAAAUGUUAGAAGACUUGGAAAUAACUCGAAAAAAAAUGAACACACGACUGGUUCCUGGCAUCAUGGCAAUUAUGUAUGAAAACAAAACUGUACCGGAAUUUCUGCAACAACUUAUUAUCUUUGAAUAUACUGAUUGGGAAAAUCCAGAUGAUCCCAAACGACUCCGUGAACAAGUAGUUCAACUUAGUGGCGACAUAUCUUUCAACGUUCCGGGUAUUGAAAUGAGUCGGUUUCAUUCUAAUGCAUCUAAUGUCGAUAGUUAUGUUUAUCAUUUUCUUCCUAAAUUGGCAAAGCCGUUGUUUCCAUUACCUAAGUGGGUGAAAUAUGCGAACCAUGGAGAUGAAUUAAUACCUGUAUUCGGCUAUAACUUUGAUCCCCAGGACCUUUCCAACAUAUCUGAGUACACGCCACCAGAAUGGGAGCUUGAUCUUUCAAACAGAAUGAUGAAAUAUUGGACAAACUUUGCUAAGACUGGCGAUCCAAACAAACCAGAUUCAGAAAUGUUAGCGUGGCCAAAGUAUGACGUCAAAUCUCAAUCCUAUUUCAUGUUUGAUAAAGAAGAUUCCAUUGGUCAAUAUUUGUAUGCGAGACCAACGGAAUUCUGGACAAAAAUUGUAAAAGCUGUGAUAGAUGCUACAGAAGAGCAUGCCCAGACUGUAACAUCACAGUUUGGAAAGAAGGAAAGCCAAACAUGUGAUAAAGAUGGGAAUUGUGGAUAACAAAAAAAACUGUUUAUAUUUUUUUUAUUUGUUAUGAACAAACUAUUGUAUUCUAUGAAAAAAUAUUUGUUGUCUUUUUUACAACUACAGAAAAUGAAGUUAUGUAAGUUAUGUUCAAAUGGUUAACCUAAAUGAACUUCUGAAGUUUUAUUUUGAUAGUUUGAUUACAAUGUAGUAUAAGAAGAACCGAACAUGCUCUAGAUCUUAUUGCCGUUUGUUAAGUCUUAAUGCUGACUAGUUCGGAUAACGAAAGAAUUACAAUUUGAUGUUUUAGUAACAUACAUGUAUGAGUUGUGCUUCUUAGAAAACAUGUAACUGUCUGUCAUAUUAAUUACCUUUAACGCUCUGUAUUAAAUAUGUAAAAGAAAAAUGAAUGUGAAUACAAUACCGUGUUAAUAUCACGAACGUAAAUGUAUUUCCGGAUUCCGGAUGGACUUCCGUCUCUAAAAUAGAAUGUAAAUGGGUGUUUAGUUAUUUUUGUUUUGUGUUUAAUGUCAUUGGUGAUGUUACUCGUAUUUUCUAUUUUCUUUUCAUUUUCCUAUUAAUUUUAUGUGUUUAAUUAAUGUUUGAAUUAUGACGGUAUUAAAUUAUAUUUCGACUAAAAAUUCCCGUGUUCAUCUGUUUGAAAAAAAAAGCAAUAUCGCUAGAGAUUUUACAGUGAAACGAUAGCAGACGAAACUUAUUUCUCCUGCAAUAAGUAACGCAGAAUUGUGCAAUAAAUGGCGGAUACCUGACCGCGUUGGAAAUCCUGUCAGGUAUCCGCCAUUUAUUGCACAAUUCUGCGUUACUUAUUGCACGAAUCAUGCGUUAUUUUCACAUUCCGGCGUUACUGGAUAUACCCGGUGUACUAGAUAGCCAUAUUUAGUACUUGUUCGGUGUUAAAAGUACUCGUCUCAUAUAUCAUAAUUAACAUAGAUAAACUGGCACGUGAUUUUGAAAUAUGUUAUGAAAUUAUACUCUACACAUAUGUAACAUUUUCAGUAAUCUGGCGAUGAGAAUUUGUAAGAACAGUAAAUAAAAAUCUAUACAUUUUAUGUAUAGUAAAUAUUA